AUGAUCCUAACUACGGGUACCUCCCUAUCAAAAUUCCAAAGGGUAUUCAACGGUCUCAUUUUGCUCAAUCUCAUGGUCAAAACCAACCCACCUUUUCUCGCUGUUCCGUCACACACCAAUGGCCAUCCGCUGAUCUUGUCGCCAAAUUCAAUAGCAGCGCUUGCGGCCGCUAGUUGUCCAUUUUGGUAUAUUUAUUGGGGCUCCCCACUCGAUUUGCUAUCAAUUAUUUUAUUCUGGUUUCAUUGGGCUGCGAUAUUAGUCGGUGUAUUCUCACUUACUGCCGCUGUGCUACGCGUGUACUUUCCGAAUAAUCCUCACGCUAACUUUUGGGUGUCAGCCAUCCCGACUUGCAUGAUUUUCGGUGAGCUGAUCCGGCUCCUGACCCAUCACAAGCUAUUGUCCAAGGUUAAACAGGAAUGGGGGCCGCCGAUUUCGUGCCGAUGGUGGUGGGUGUAUGAAAGCGAGAAGUGCACGGAAUACUAUGCGCAAACAAGCUUCUGGUAUUUUAAUGGGUUCAGAGUCGCGUUGAAUUUGGGGCAAGACCUGGCGAAUGGCUUGGGAAGCAUGAUCGGUGGCUUCUUUGGUUCGGCGACCCAGGGUUUCAUUUCGCAGUUUGCCUGGUACUUCCAGUUCCUCGUUUUUGCAUUUAUUGCGUCGUCGAUUCUCUUUUUGGUCCCUCUCUUCAUGGGAGUAGAGACGAAGUUAACGACCGCCUGGGCUAGUAUCAGCUUUGCGAAAAAGUCUAAUAGGGAACACCGUCAAAUCAAAUCGACUGGUCAGCGCUUCGGAAAUACCGUGGCAAUUGUGAAGGAGUCGUUGCAACAAAGCGGACUGUUU